UGCGCCACGUUCGUUCGGGCGCGCAUCGCGAUAAGCGCGUUUACGUUAAUUUACUUGUAAUGAUCGGUCGUGCGUUCGGGACGAAUCGGAAGAAAUACCAAAGAGUCAACCAAAGAGUUCAGCCUUGUUAGAAGUACAAACGGAAAAAAAAAAACGGUUGCUAAGACCGAAGAAGGGUGCGUGCAGGGGAGAAACAAUCGAUUGUCAUCAGAUCGAAGGAAAAAUCUUUCAAACUGGGAGACAGAAGAGGAAAACAUCGAAGAGUUAGGAUGGCGGACGAAAGUCAGCAAAGUCAAGAGCCGACCUCGAAACGUCGCAAAAUUUUGAGCCACCUGCCGAUCGCCAUUAAAGUGCUUGAAGUGAUAGUGGCGAUCUUUGCAAUCGGUCUGGCGGUUGAUCCGAUGGACUCGUUCCAGCACGUUUUCACCAGAUCGCGAUUCAAGCUGGCCGAUGCCGCUACGAUUUACAUCACGGUCGCUGGCUAUAUUCUCAUCAAUACGCUGUUCAUUCUGAGUCACAUGCUGGGUGACCGUGUACCAAAAAGAACGUUAAUAAUGUUUGCAUCCGUGGGUGCGUUCAUGCACGUGGUCGCCGGAAGCUUGAUGGUCCACAAUUGGCGCAAGAUCAACAAUUCCUACUAUUUUCCCAACAACGAGAAUUAUGCUAGCAAGCAGUACAUGGACAUGCUCGUAUCUGCAGCUGUAUUUACGUUCGUGAAUGCGGCACUGUUUGUUGCGGAACUUAUCGCCAUAAUAAGAUAUUCGUGAAUUGUAUUUGAAGGAUUUCAUGAGUGGUCCGACGUGGUCCAUGGGAGUUGAAGGACUCGCGAGUGUCGCCAAAGAGAUACGAAUAGUAGUUCAUUUUGAAAAAAAAGACAGUCGAUUUUUUAAUCUUGUUUAAAAAGUUUACUGCAAGCGACUUUCGAGCGAAGAAUUCUUAUGAACAAAUUGUAAUUUGACGAAAUAAUCUACUUCGUGUAAAGAUGAUGAAUCUCGUAAGAGGUAGUUGAACAAGGUCGUCGUGUUAGAAAUGUAAUAAUAGUAUUACGUAAUUGUAGUAUUAUCACUUGUAUUGUGUUAUAAUAGUAUCGUAUAAGCAAGGCAACGUGUAUACGUGUAUAUUUUAUCAUUAGGACAUAUCGACACACACAAUGGUACAAUUAUAUUAACAUAGUAGUAAGAAAGAGACCAAAUAUACGAAAUUGCAAUCAUUGCGCAUAACAGGCGCAAUCUUGAAAAAUCUUUUGCUGUCCAAGCAAAGAUCGCAUGUAAAUCCGUCCACUUUUGUAUUUAAAACGUGUUUAUAACAGGCACAAUCUUGAAAAAUCUUUUGCUGUUCAAGCAAAGAUCGCAUGCAAAUCCGUCCACUUUUUGUAUUCAAAGCGUGUUUAUUUCUAUGAGAUAUUCCAAUAAACAAACUUCAAGCUA